AUGCAAGUCGCUGCAAGAUAUCUUCUAAGCUUAGCUUUACUUCCACUCGGUAUGGCCGACUUCAUACCUUGGUUGAUCGUCCCCGAAACGGCGCCGACGCGCCAUCAACUCAUCAGUGGCAUCGGUAUACCCGUCGGCACGCCGGAAUCCAUCACCAGCGGGUGGGUCAUGAAGGCGCAAUACUUCCUACCCACGAAGGUGGACGAUCUGAAGCCGGAGCUGUGGGAAAACUGGAACGAUAGUCGGAGAGCACUUUCAAGGCGGGAUCUCUCUGGCUCGGACGCUGAUCCUGUGAAGAUCACCCUGCUUCCGGUGACGCGUGGCCACGAACAGUACGUGGUAGACAGUGUGUCCAUUCGGGAGGACCCUCUUGAUAACGCUUCCGACGAGGGAUUCGACGAUGGCGAUGACAACUACUGGAAGGAUGCGGAGGAUGAUCGGCUUUUACAGCAAGCGGGCAGUGGACGGUGGCCUUCGCCCAAGGAAAUCGAUCCGGCGCAGCUCGAUGGGUACAGCGCCGAACAGUCCCGGUGGACGACGUACAAAGCCAUGGAAACGCUAAGCGAAAACUACGGCCUGCCGGGACGGCCCUGUGUUUUGCGCAGCGUGUGUGAGUCGGCGACCGCACCGUUUACCCACACCGGAGGCAUCUUCGCCGAGCUGCUGCACAUCGUUUUUACUCCCUCGAGCACGGCGGAACCGUUGUCGGAGCACCGGGAUAACGAGUACUUCCGGGCGGAACAGCUCGGCCGCGGUGGUGCACCCUGUGAGCGUAUCUUUGCCGAGUGUGUCCACUCGCUGCUGGACAUCUUUACCGGGGUGCACGAUCCGGAAACGAACGCGAUGCGGCUGCUCCACGACGAGGUGCGGGCCUAUCUGAUGCGAAAGUGA